AGGCAAUCGAAAAAUAAUUAUCGGAAUCCUCUCUCCUUUAGGGUUUUGUAUAACAAUUCUCAAUUUCUUCUGACUGUUUUCCGGUCACUGCCUUCGAAAGGAAAAAAUGAGGCCAAUCUUCUGUGGAAAUUUUGAGUAUGACGCUCGACCGUCUGAUCUGGAACGGCUUUUCAGUAGAUAUGGGAACGUUGAGAGGGUGGAUAUGAAGUCUGGAUUAUCUUGGCAUGUCCCCCAUUCUUCCUGGCUAACGGAUGGGCUCUUCAGAAAUCUGAUCCCUGCCUGUGACAAGCUUCUUCUUCUUGUUUUCAAGAAGAGUCACUCUGAUCCUCAAUGGACUACCUUCCCACGUUUCCCUCAGUCACAAUUGCCUUUCAUCCCUCAUGAAUUUUGCCCAGCCUUCAAUUUCAGACAUGUUUCUACCUAGAAACAUUGCCAACCUCACAGCAGAGGCAGCAGAAUAGAUGGAGAAGGCACUCUUUUCAUUGACCUACUAUGAGACAUCCACUUUUGGAAUGUUGUUCCUUGACACCACUUAGUUCAUCACACAAGGAUUUGCUUUUAUUUAUAUGGAGGAGGAGAGAGAUGCUGAUGAUGCUAUUCGGAGACUUGACCGAACAGAAUUUGGUCGAAAGGGACGCAGGCUUCGUGUUGAAUGGACAAAACAUGAACGUGGCAUUAGAAGGCCUGGAGGUUCCAAAAGAUCUUCAGCUAGUACGAAACCUUCAAAGACUUUGUUUGUUAUAAAUUUUGAUACACACUAUACAAGGACUAGGGACUUGGAGAGGCACUUUGAACCAUAUGGAAAGAUAGUGAGUGUGAGGAUUAGAAGGAACUUUGCAUUUGUGCAGUAUGAAUCACAGGAUGAUGCCACAAAAGCAUUGGAUGCGACAAACAUGAGCAAAUUGCUGGAUCGAGUUAUUUCAGUGGAAUAUGCAGUCCGGGAUGAUGAUGAUGAAAGGAGAAAUGGGCAUAGCCCUGAUAGAUUUCGUGAUAGGUCAUUGGAUAGAAGUCGUGAUAGAAGGCGAUCCCCUAGCCCAUAUCGAAGAGAGAGGGGUAGCCCUGAUUAUGGGCGGGGUUCUAGUCCCUCUAGGAAAGAGAGAGGCAGCCCUGAUUAUGGUCGUGAUUGCAGUCCAAGUCCCUAUCGAAGAGAGAGGGGUAGUCCUGAGUAUGGUCGUGCACGCAGUCGUAGUCCUCAAAGAGAGAGGGUUGGUCGCGAUCAUCGCUGCAGUGCCAGCCAUAGUCCCUACCAAACAGAAAGGGUGACUGCUGAUAUUGGUCAUGGUGCCAGUCGCAGUCCUUACACAAGAGAGAGGGCAAGUGCUGACCAUGGUCGUGGCCCUGGUUGCAGCCCUUAUGGAAGAGAGAGGGCAAGCCCUGGCAAUGGUCGUGGCCCUGGUCGCAGCCCUUAUGGAAGAGAGAAGGCAAGCCCUGACAAUGGUCAUGGCCCCAGCUGCAGUCCUUAUGGGAGAGAGAGGGCUAGUCCUGAAAAUGGUCGCGGCCCCAGCCGUAGUCCAUAUGGAAGAGAGAAGGCUAACCCUGACAGUAUUCAUGAAGUCAGCCCAAUACUUGAACCUAGAGAGGAUAGUCCCAAUUAUGGUGGUGGUCCAAAUACCCCCGUGCAUGAGAGAUAUCAAAGUCAAUCACCAGCAACAGAGUGAUCUAGAUCGUAGUAUACAAGAACUUCAAUUGGUUGCUCUGAUUUGUUGCCGUGGAGUUUGUUCCACUUUGCCUCUUUCAGUGACAACAAUCGUGGAGUUAGGGCCUCUUCCAGUAAUAUCCUUAUGAGCUUGUGAUGUAGGACCUAGUCGGUCAUUAUUCUCUUAGUUUUAAAAUUUUCUCGUGCUUUGAUUUAUGCUCGAAUUUUUAUGGACAGUUUGGACGAGACUACUGUAUACAAAACCUCUUAUCCAUGUUGAACUUGGUCUAUUUUCUGUUAUUGUUUAGUACUUCGAAUCAGAAUAAUUGUUGUUUCUCGUGGAAACUGAUGAUUGUGUACCCUUAUUUUGUGAUAAUGAUGACUGUCCACCACUUUGUAAA